ACUGUGUUGACCGGUUUGUUUUUCGGAGAAAAAAAAUAAUAAAAUACUGCGAUCGUGUAAUGUUGGAAGUUCUCUAAAAUUGGUGAUAAAGCUGUUAUUUUUCAAUGAAUAAUAUGCAAAUGCUUUCAUAAUAUUUCGAUAUGGCUGUGAUUCGAUCAUGGGAUAGGAGAUUAUCAUUAACUUUAGCAUUAGCACUGUGUAUAAUCUGUGAUUGUGUGAUUUGUUUAGGUGAUGUGAUUUAUGCAAUUAACGCAGGUGGUGAAUCUCAUGUUGAUUCAGACGGUAUACAUUAUCGAAGAGAUCCAUUACAUGGUAGAAUCGGAACUGCGUCUGAUUACGGAAAACAAUUAAUUAUCAGCAGAGUCCCAAGAACGGACCAAAUAUUAUAUCAGACGGAGAGAUAUCACCAUGCAACGUUUGGUUAUGAAAUUCCUGUUAAUCGUGACGGAGAUUAUGUUUUAGUGCUGAAAUUUUGUGAGGUUUACUUUUCAUCACCAGGGAUGAAGGUAUUUGAUGUGACACUGAAUGGUGUGCAUACUGUUGUGUCUGAUUUAGAUAUCUUUGCUAAAGUGGGAAAAGGAGUUGCACAUGAUGAACUUAUACCAUUCACUGUGAAAGGAAAUAAGCUUAUAGUUAAUGAAGAAGAGUCAGAACAUGAUGGAAAAAUAAGAGUUGAAUUCAUUAAGGGUUACAGGGAUAAUCCUAAAAUUAAUGCUAUCUUCGUUAUUCGAGGAACAUUGACGGAUGUUCCAGAGUUGCCUUCAACAGCCCCAGAAGAAAAGGAAGAAGAAGAAGAGGAUGUACGACAAGAAAAAAAAUCCUCCCCCGUUCGUCAUCCAUCUGGUCCUAGAAGUCCGAAUCCCUACGACACGGAGGACUCUAGUACAAUGUUACCUAUAAUCAUUGCCAUUGGUGCCUUUCUGCCACUAUUAUUUUGCCUGUGCCGGUUAUGAUUUGCUUUUUUAGGAAACAAAUUUCUCAGUAUUUUGUGUGCCAUUACCUCAUCUUUGUACACAAUGCCAUUACAUAUUUGUACAACAAUUCUUAGUACAAAACUCUGUUAAGUAAUAGCUUUUAAGUUAAGCUCAGUGAUGGCUGUUACUUUAAAUCAAAAUUUAGACUUCUGAUAUUUCCUAAUUAAUUUACUUGAUUUUAUCCUCUGACUGUUAAGUGUAGAAUAAUAGGAUCUCCAUAGUAGGGGUGCACAACCUUUUUGGGAAAGCUUUUAGCAGCAACAAUGAUUUUAUUUUUAUAUUGAUUAAUAAUUACUUGAUUAUUUCUGGAUAUGAUAAUGGGUCAGGGAGUUUUAUUUUAGAAACUCUCGAACUAAAAAAAACUCUAGGAAAUUCCUGCAUCAUAUCUGGAAAAUAACCAGUCUUAGAAUUGCCAGUGACAGUAAUCUGUUAUUGGGAUUCAAGUUAAAUAAUUCUGACAUCUAUUACAAUCAUUUCAUGAAAUUCCACUUUUUAGUAAUGCUUUUCCCUGUUUCCAUUCUCACUCUAUUUUAUGUUUUUGCUCGCACAGUCUAAUAUUUGACAUUAUAAAUGAAAAAAAAUCAAAGUUUUCUGAAGAAAAAUUAUAGAGUAUAGAUAAAAUAUGGUAUGGAUUUUCAUUUCUGUAAAAGUCAGGAAAAAAAAUUUUCUAAAAUUGAGUGGGAACCCUGUAAUAACUUAAUAGUAAAAAAUAUCAAAGCUAUGCAUAAUAUUUUUGUAUUAAAAACAUUUUAAGCAUUUCACGCUUAGUCUUCUAUGUGAAAUUUUUUUUUUUUUAUUAUGGUAGGGUUUUAAUUUUUUAUGGGGAAAAAUUAACUAAAUAACUAGGAACCCACUCCUUGGCUAUCCAAAGGCUGCGGCUUCCCUCCCCUACUAUGUAGAACAUAAUUAUAGAAUAUGCAAUACCUGAAAUAAUGUCAUGAAUACUGAUGAUUUACGUCUCGUGAUUAGAAAACUACUGUGUCAAUUUGCAGGAUUAAUUAGAAAGCAAACGGGGGGAAUUCAUAUACAGUGAACUUUCACUACUACAAUAUCUAAUAUUAUAAUUAUGUUUCCUGACAAACUUGCUUAAUGUUAUCCACCUAUCAAUAUUGGGAUAUUCUCUGAAGCAAUAAACCUUUGUAAAAUGAUUUUUUUUUUCCCCUUCAAAUUUCAACCUUAUUUUCCUUAUUUAUUAUAUGUUUUCAAAUAAUGUAAAAAAUCUUUUUGCCAUUUUUUUUCUAGUUUUUUCUAACUAGAGAAGUCUUGAUGCUGAUUAUGUACUUAUCUUAUUUCUUUUCCCCACAACCUUUGUAUUCCGAUUUCAAUACUCCAUCUUGAUGUGUACAUAGACCACCCCAAGACCUUCCAUUCUUAGAAAUGGCUUCUUUAUCUCUUAAUAAGUCACAGGUGUAACAUUUCUAUCUGAUUUCAUAUUUAACCAUGAUUACCACUCAGCAAAUUAAUUUUUAUAUAGUAUAGUUAAUACCUAUAUAACAUUAAAAUUGGAAGAAAAAAAAUCUUAUUGUGUCCCCAAAGUAUGUAGGCUCUAGAUAUAACAAUACAUUUAUUGGGUCCCCAAAAUAUUGUUGCAGCGAGGUUUUACUGUAUAAGUUAAAUUAAGGUCAUUGGUUACCACAUUCUGUUAUAUUUGAAACAAUAGUUUUCUUGAUCAAAAAGGAUAGAUUCAAUUAUUUGACAUUGUUUUAUGUUUACUCCGUAAUUAUCUUUUACCUACAUUUAAUAGCCAUUGUUGAAUUAAAAUACCAAGGAAAUUGUUUUAUUAAUUGAUUAUUUUCUGUUUCAGAUUUCAAAAUUUGUAUUGUGUUGAGUGUACAAAGUGACUUAAACGGUAUUAAAAUUAUUUAUAAAUUCAGGGAUGUCAACUAUUUUUGCCCCUUAAUAUGAUUCAACUAUUUUAAGUGAGCCUUGUUUUUUUAUACUUUUUAGCUGUGUGUAUAUUAUUAUUAGUUUUGUUCAAAGCAAUGUUUAUUGAUAUUUCAUUAGCAUGUUAAAUGUCUAUUGUGAUAAUAACAAGCAAUAAUAGUAGACAGAUACUUUCUAGAUGUUACAUUACAGUUAUGUAACAGAUUUCAUUAUGUGACACAAAUGGACCAAUUAGAUAUUUUAUUUUAUACUUGAAAGCUAUGGAGGAUUAUCGUUAAUAAUGGGUGGUGUUUUCUACACUAGGGUGCGCUGCAAUCUCUUUACUGCUUAUAAUUCCCUGUUACUAUUUCCGGUGUAUUUUGAAGCCAUUUGGCUCACAACGUGAUCAUUGUAUUUUGAGACUUCCUUGAGUAGUAUUUCUUGUAUACAUGUAUUUUUUGCCUGAUUUAUUAUUUGUGUUUAAAAAAGAGAGAAUCGUCAUUUGAAGAUUUGUCAUUUCAAGACAUAAGAAUAGUCAUUUGGGAAAAAAGAAUUGUUAUAAAGCAUUUCUUACUUUCUCAACUAUAUAUCUACUUGGAAACUUAAUCCCGAAUGAUAAUUUGUAAAAUAAACUUAAUCUUGAUGCUUGAACAAUAUGCUAACACUGGCAUAUGAUGUUGCAUCAUGGUGCGUAGUGUUUUUAAAAAUCUCUUAAAGGUCCUUAUUUUCGAUUUUUCUUUAUUUAAAAGCCCUUAAAGGUGCUUUUUUCAUUGGGUGGUUCUAAAAAGUGCUUUACUUUCCCUUUUCGGAAAUGAGAUUUUUUUCUUGGCCAUGUCGAUUUUCGCCGCGUAUUAUGCAAAAGUGUGCUUUUCACUUUGUUCUAUUCAAUGUUUUCACAAUUCAUUCCACCACAACCCAUUUCGGCUUACGGUCUGUCCAUAGCGCAUGAAAGCACCAAUCCUUUUGCAUGUUUGGUAAAAUACUUGCAGGUCAGCUGGUUUCGGUGAGAUUAUUGCACUCUCAUGUGCAACUCUGCUGCAUUUUGUAAGAUAUUCUCAAUUCCAGACUUACUUUUCCACCAUCUGAUAUCAAACCAAAAAAUCUCUUGAUCAUUUUAUGAUGGCUAAUAUAAUCAAGAAAAGAGUACUUUGUCAAAAACUAGUUAAUUUAUCUUGAUCAUUUAAAGUCUUAGAAAAUUAUUUUGUUUAUGUAUAUGUAUGGUUAUGUAGUGCUUAAAAAUAUUUUUGAGGGCUUAAAAAGUUCUUAUUUUUGUUGAAAGAUUUGGCCCUGUGUAUGGCUUGCAACAGGAAUGAACAAUAAUAAACAAGUAAAAAGAGGCCAAAUCAGAACUGCCAAAAAAGCGAGUUCUUUCUAAAUCUUGCAACCAUGUCACCUUUUUUAACACUACAUUUGUAAAUAACUAAAAUAAAUUUUCACUUCAGGCUCACCAGAAUUGCUUAUCUUACGAAAUACAGCAGAUUCGAACUCAGAAAUUACAUUAUUUAUUACUUUUAUUAAAAACAAAAUUAUCAGUUUGAAAACGUCGCCCAUCAGAGUAGGGCAGCUGUAUGCUUUUUAACCCGAAGUAGAACAGCUCACGAUUGUUGUUUUUUACAUUUAUAUUAAAAACACCAUCCAUAUAAAAUAAUCAAUCAAUGAAGAUUGAGAUUUAUUUUAUUGUUUGAAGGAAAUAAAACUUGUUAAGUAUAAAAAAGAUAUUUCAUUUUGCACAUUGUAAUAACUAACAUUACUAUAAUUAUCUUCUUGCACUGGGAAAAUUAUUCUGCAGGUGCAGAAAAUUUUUAUAUCAAGUUGACAUCCCUAUUACAAAAAAUUAUCGUAAAGAACUAUUUUGUUUAAAAUUUAUUUCUUUUGUUGAAUUGUAAAACUUAUUUAUUUCUGUAAUUUGUGUAACAUUAUAAAUGCUCAUAAAAUUAAGUACUGUCGUGUAGAAAAUUCAUAAACUUUUUCUAAUUAUAUCCUGUUAAAAUAAUUAAUUUUUUAAAAAAGACAUAUUGACUUUAUAAUUAAAAUUAACUUCUACAUUACUUGUAACAUUUUUCACCUUAACCACUUUAGGCAAACUUCAAAUAAUAAUGAUAGUGUUGCUGCAAUCAUAAAUUGUUCAUUAUUAUGAAUUUAAAUUUUAUUUUAAAUUUAAAUAAAAAUAGAUGUGAAAAUGCAUUUAUUAAUAAGUAUAGAAUUGUAAAAAAAAAUUAUAUAUUGCUCUGUUUUCUGUUCUUGUGGAGAAGGUGUUUUAACUAGUUAUUUUCACAUAAAAUGGAAGCACAUAAAAGAGUUAAUUUUUGUAACUAUUAUGAAAAUAUAUUGCUUAAUUCAUAGUAUUUGCAAAAAUCAAUCGCUUCUAUUGUUAUCGCAUUCUAAUAGAUAACGUAAAUAUUCAACUAAACCUUAUUUUUAUUUGUGCAAAUAUUUUGAUGAUACUUCAGUGUAACAAAACUGGAGGAAAAAAAAGUGUAGUUAUUUUUGUUAUUAGAAUUUUUUUUUAAAAAUUACAGACUGUUUGAUUUAAACUUGUUGUUAUGUGUGUUAUUUUACUUUAUGUUCGGUUAUCAAAUUAUGAGAUUUAUCCAUUUUAAUUUGUUGUUUAUUUGAAUCUGUUAUUCUUUUUAAUAUUUGCUCAUGGUAAACCUUUUAUUUAUAAUUCAGUUUGAAUAGAAAAGCUCAUAAGGGUUUGAUUUAAAAGGUUACACGGAUUUCACAUGUUCCCAAGAAACACUUGAUUAUUAAUUUUUUAUCAUAUGUUAUUCUGGUGUCAAGAAUAUAUUCCAAAAUCAAUCAGAAUCACUGUCUUAUUUAAAUUUUGCUCACUUCUUCUUCAUACAUUUAAAUAAGGUUUUCUUUUUUGAUUCAAGACAUCAAAAUAACUUAUUAUCAGUAUACUACUUGCCCUUAUACUAUAUCCUAUGGAAUAACUUAUUUCCACUAUAUCCUAUGGAAUUCUUAGAAAUUUAUAUAAAUUAAUACAUUAUUGGCAAACAAAUUUUCACAGAAGUCACUUUUUUACGGAGGUAAAAUUCAUUAAGUCCAUAAAGAAAAAAAAUCGGCACUAGUUGAUUUUGUAAGACCUGAUGUCCUGCGUUACUUUUUGUGGAAAAUUCUUUUUGAUAAAAAAAUUAUGAAUUAAGAGAAGGCUAUAUCACGGAGGAAACUUUUCUUUGCAAAUUCUAAUUUACUUCCAUAGUAAAGAAAACAUAGUGCGUAGCACUUUUAAAAAGUGCUUAAUUUUCCCGUUUCGAAAAUAAGAAUUUUUUUUUUCUUUACCAUGUCGAUUUUCGCUGUGUAUUAUGCAAAAGUGUGGUUUUCACAUUAUUCUAUUCAACGCUUUCACAAUUCAUUCCACCAACAUCCAUUUCGGCUUAACCUCGGUUCUCCUUAACGUAUGGUAGCGCUACUCAUGUUACAUAUUUGAUGAAAUACUUGGGAGUCCGCACGUGCGUCUACUGAGGUGGGUUCGAUAAGAUUAUUGCACUUUUAUGUGCAACUUUGCUGCAUUUUGCAAAAUAUUCUCAAUUUCAGUCUUCAUUUUCCACCCUCUGAAAUCGAGCCCCAAAAGUCUCGAUCUUUUUAUGGUGGAUAAUAUAUUCAAGAAAAAGAGUUCUUUGUCAAAAACUAGUUAUUUUAUCAUGAUCAUGUAAAGUUUUAGAAAAUUAUUUUGCUAAUUUAUAUAGUGCUUAAAUAUAUUUUUUAAGUGCUAAAAAGGUGCUUUUUUUUUGGUUGUAAUAUUUGGCUACGCACCCGUAGGGAAAUAAGUUUAGGCAAACAUAGAAUAAGCCUUACGUUUGAAUUGGUGGAGAGAAAAAAAAAUUAAAAUAUCAUAAUGCAAAGUGUAAUCCUGAUUUUGUUUUUAUUUUUAAAUUUUGUUUUCAGUAUUUGAAUGACUUACUCUAGGUUUGUCUGGAUUCAUUUCUUCUAUAUUUUAAAUUACUUUUGAAGAUGAGAAUUUGUGAUAGAAAGCUUCUCUCUUAGUACAGCAUCCUCUUUUGCCAUUUUGUCUGCUCCAAAUUUUGCUUCUAUAGCAUAGAGGGCCAAGGCCCACCAUGCCCAUCUAUGUAAGAAACAUUAUGUCUGUAUAUCUAUGUAAGAAAUAUUAUUCUUUUAUUACAUACUUUUGUAUUAUUUUUUUUUUAUACUCACCUCACUAGAUGAAGUACUUUUGUCUAUGAAUAUAAUUGCACUUUUGAAAACACUUUUUGUAGAAUGAAUAAAUUUUUCUUAUUAUAAGUACAGUCAGUUUUUAAGUAAUUAUUUUUAUCCAGUUUCCACUCUUAAAUGAUGUUAUAUCAUGAUGAAAGUAAAAUAUAUUGAUCAUUUUGCUUUCAUCCUAUUUCAAAGUGUGAGCGAUCAUUUGAAAGAAUAAUGGUGCUAAAAUUCUGUUUACCCUAGGCUUUCUCUCACCAAGUUUGGUGCUUAAAGCAUUAUACCAUCAAUUAUAGUAAAAUUCAGUUGUUUCCAAACUUAAGGUACCCCUUGUCAUAUGUUUUUCCUUGUGGUACCCCCCCCACCCCAGUUAACUUAGAAUUUUCAUAUGAACACUUUUAUUUUGUUAUCAUUUUGCAUCAUAUGUAAAAAACAAAAUUAUUUUUUUAAUUUGAACUUAGAGGAAUGAUAUUGUGUUUUUAGACUUAAAUAUUAAAAAUAAGAAACAGUAACUCCAAAACUGCUAUUUGAAUUUACUGUAUCAAACUCUAAACAUGAACGUCAUCGAAUUCGCUUAUUCGAACACAAUGAAAAUUUGUUUGUUAUUGUAAUAAUAAGUUGGACCUUUUUUUUCGUGAUAUUUUAAAAACUUGUUUAUGUGAACUUUUUAAUACUCAGUUCUUCAUCUGUAAACAGAAUAAUCUAGUCAAACUGGUGAAAUAAAAUAAAUGUAUUUAAAUUACUAUAAAAUUACAUUAUAUUUCAGUAUUUUUUUUUCCAUUGUUUUAUUAGUAAAGUGCUUUAUUCCAAUGA